AUGGCGGUCGAAUUUUUCUCCCUUCCUGCAGAGUUAAUAUGCCACAUCCUAUUAUUCCUUGCUCCAAAGGAUAUCAGUCACUGUGCAAUGACCUGCAAAACCUUUUGGAAUGUGGCCCAGAAUUCUGUAGACAUUCAAUACAAGCUUGAGCUUUACGCUCAGGGCCUCACUGAGACCGCUACUCUGGACUCGAUCAGUCUUUCCAGAAAGAUGUCCUUACUCGAGAAAUUGACAUCAUUGUGGCGGUCCGAGUUUCAUUUGAACACCGUCUUUGAUAAGGCAGUGGUUGCUGCUGCCAUCGACGGACUUCCCCCAUGGCUGCAAUAUUCAUCAUGGACACAAUCCGUGAAGUGUGGCCUGUGGUGGAUGUCGACACAUGGCGGCCUCUUCAUUCGAGACUGUAACAGAAUUCCCAACCUUUCCCGGACGUGGCUCAAACACAGCCUAUUGUCUCCGGACCAGCCGCCGAUUCGUCUUACUGUUGACCCUUUGCAGGAUCUCGUGGUCUUAGUUUUCUCGACUGUUUUUGUCGAUGUGGCCGACACCGAAGAAGAUCACCAUGUCUUUUGGGUGGAGUUUCGGUUAGCUUCAUCCCAGAAUCCCCAUCCGCAUUCUGUUUGCAUUUCCUUGGAGUGCACGCAUACUUUUGAUGCGCCUGGUUUGUAUCAUGUCUUUGUGACAGCGCCUUCGAUCUGUGGUGAUCGUGUAUUUAUCUACUAUUACUUGAAAAACAUGGAGAACAUGACUGUCUCCACCACCUUCAUACAAAUAAUUGAUUGGAGGAAGGGAUAUGCAAAGAGGUGUCUUUUACUAGGCGGACUAGAUAAUCUGCAACAAGUCCACGCAGUCAACCAAAGGACGAUUGUUGACUUUGGCUUGAACUCUUUAACCGUGUACACAUUACAGGAACUGGAUGGGUCACUGCAUCCCCGGCUCACGUAUCUCCUUCCGAAGUGUCGUCAAUCAGACAUGCGAUUCACGGUUGUUCAUGCCAGCCCAUCGUUCUGUGGUACAGCUGCUUGCACAGAUCUUAUGCCCGGCCAUGUGCCCUCUCCAGAAUCACAAAUCUUGGUUUUAGAGUUUCUUUCAGGCCCACAAUGGCGCCCACUGUCUGUCAUUCUAGUCAUUGAUAUGAUCAUCUUUUCUGGAAUGGCUUUGCAGUCGGAGACGCAUGUCCAAAUUCCGUGGUCGGAAUGGGGACCCCAGCACACGUGUUGCUUUCCGCACGACCGAACCCACCAAAUUAGUGUGUUCGGUAGCAAAAUAGCCUAUGUCCUCCCUCAAGAUCAUACCCCUGAACCUGGACAAAGACUAGAAGAACUUCCCGACGAGGGUCACUUCUACAUCCACAUCUGGGACUUUAAUACGCGACUCAUUACUCGUUCAAAACAUAUCUACAAUCCUGACUCAUCAGACCUCCCCAUUCGCAAACCUGGUGUGGUAACCCAGUCGUGCUUUGAUGAAGAAAUCAUCUCGAAUCAUCCUUACACUGCUAUUGCCUACCGUACACCUUUUCCAACGAAUGGCUUCCGCAAGUUGUUUUUGGAACAGGAUCGUCUAACUUUAAUAUGGUCACGAAUUGGCGCGGUUGAUAUUCAGGUCGUCUCCCCUGCACAGACCGAGGUUGGGUCUGUAAAUGUAUUUGUAGACGAAUUAUGA